AUGGGUCGUUGGGGAUAUCGUGUCUUCGAGGGCGACAACGACAUUGACACCGACAUGAUGGCCCCUCCUGAAGUCCGGGAAUUCUACAAGACCUCUGAGUACCGCGAGGAGUUGGACGCAAUCAUCAUGUCAACCCGCGAGAAGCUGGACACGGGCCUGGGCGACCAACUUUUCACCACGUACCGUGCUCUUGAGCACGAGGAUCAGGGCAAGUAUCGGGUCAUCAUCGUUGGUGCGUUGAUGAUGCGUGCUGGCGCCCGCAUCCGGCAGGCCGAUCUUGAUCAUCUGCGGGAGCUGGCUGAGGGUUUCGCUGGCAGGCAUGGCUACGUGUCGCCCAUUGCUGAGGAUGGCUUCCGUCAUGUUGGAAAUGUCCAGUUCCUCGCCGCGCUGGAUCACUAUGAGGCGGGCACCCCGCGUGACUUUGGCGAGCCCAGCUGCUUCCAGUGCGGAAAGAUCAAGGCGGACAUCGGACAAGCGCCCAAGAAGUGCGGCAAGUGUGGCAGAGCCUGGUUCUGCAACGUCGAAUGCCAGAAGGCCGCUUGGAAAAACCACAAGCCCGUCUGCAAGACCCUUGAGCAGUGUCGAUUUGUCAAUGUUUAA